UAUAUUCUUCUUAGAAUUUUUGCACACUGAAAUUUGAGGAGUGGAAAACAAGUGCCGUGUGACAAGAUCCUGAAGUGUGUGUUACGUGAAUCAGAUCACCUUAUCUGCCAUGAGAAUCAACCAAACGAUAAGGUGAAAGGAGAGACAUGGGCGAAAUCACGGAUGAUUCCAAUGACUACCUAACAUGUGGAAAAUGUUUGUCAGAAUUCCCCCUGAAGAAUAUUGUCACAUUUAUUGAGCACAAGAAGAAAGACUGCGAUGUCAUCUCUUAUGAAGAAACAGAACCAGGUUUGCUGUGUUCAACUUGUUCUAAAGGAUUCAUGACUGCUGUAGGACUUCUGAAGCAUGCAAAAAUCUCCCACAAUCUACAGCUUUUCUUGGAAAAUGGAGUGUACAAGAAUGGAAUCCUUUCAUCUCAAUCAAGGGAUGAUAACGUUUUGGAUUUUAAUGACGACGUCCCAGUAAAUCUAGUUACAAGGUCCAGUGAAGCAUCACUGGACCGUAUAGAGAUAAACUCUGUUGAAGGGAAGCCCCUCCUACCUAGCCAAGGAGACACACAAGAAAUAUCAGAAUGCUGCCUUACUGGGCUCUGUACAACUAUUGAUAAUCCUCCUGGAAUUAAUUUAUCUCCAAACAGUUCACAAAAUGAAUCUCAGACACUAACUAGAGAGAACUCUGCACAACUCAGUUUUGAAAAUUCCCCACCAGGUGUUAUGGUUAAUCCAGUCCAGUUUAGUUCAAACAGUUAUAGUAACACUGACACAAGAAAUCCUGAAUCCUCUUACUCCGAGAGCUGUAGUGAUAGUUUAGUGGAGGAGGCAGGCUCGGAGGGCAGAGAAAACAUGUCAGAAGAGGUGGAGCAGAGGGAUGACGCUUGUUGCUCCAGUCAGAAAUGUGGAGUCACAGUCAUUCCCGGGACCCACGAGAGUCUAAAAAAGUGCUGCUAUGCUGUGGCUCCUAAGAAGCGUAAAAGACACAUGGAGACCAAGCACAUGCCGUCUUACUGGCGGACCAGAUUUAGCAGGAGGCGGAUGAUGAGCGGGAGGGAUGCUUCCUUAAGGCGGCCUGCCAGUAGAAAACAAGGCACAAUCUACAUUGAUCUGAAGCCAGAAAGUGGGGUGGUCACUGCAACACACUCUGAAAAUGAGUCUGCUACAGAUACUAGGACCUCAAACUUUGACAACAAUUCUGGAGAAAGUUUAGGGUUCCAUGUAACAGGUAUGACAAGGGACUCGACAUCCAAGGCAAAUUCCCAGAAACCUAAUCGAGGCAGUUUCUUCAUUAAGCCAAGACAAGUGUUCUCUAUACCCAUAUCUUACACAAUCCCUGCUCAGAGUCUGGAUACAAACAAGAUGGCUAGAUAUGAAACCAAAACAGUCUCCUCUGAAGACCUUGUACAUUCCAGUGAUAGGUUGACACAAAAGGACCAGAACUCUUCCAUAUCAUCAACUCAGAGUGAUUAUCUCCCUUCUAACUCAGGCAUUGCUUCCACUUCAGUGACAUCAUCAGAAUCACAGAUUUUUGGAAUAGACCUUCCAUCCAUUAUCUCCCAGGCCACAAGACAAUUUAAUCUGGUUCCCAGCUCCUCCGAUUAUUGUGAUAUGAGUGAAAAAGACUCACAGUACCAUGAGGAUGGUGACGGAAAACUAGGACGAAAGAGAAGAUACCCGACCACCAAGCCGUAUAAGUGUGACCAGUGUGAUAAUGCCUUCAAUCAGAGAAUCCACCUUAAGAAACACAUGAGUAAACAUACAGGGAUCAAGCCUUUUAAGUGUCAACAGUGUGAUUAUUCAACAGUUGAGAGGAGCCACCUUAAAGUUCACAUCAGGAUUCAUACAGGAGAGAAGCCUUUCAAAUGCACAUUUUGUGAAUAUGCAACAGCACAAAACAGUACUCUAAAAAUUCACCUUAAACGCCACCACGGUCGCCAAGGAUCUGGUGACAAAGAUGGAGAGCAUUCCCCUAAAGCUCCCCAGUCUGCAGCCAAUCAGAGCAGUGUUACCAUGGAAAUGAAUCAAGAUGGCUGCAUUACAAGUGAUUCAAGUAAAGAAUCAGUGCAAAAAUCAUAGACCACAAACCUUUCUGAGGAAAGGCAAUAAAUGGACCACCAUUAUCCAUAAAUUAUUGUUUGUUACUCAGAGAAGGAGAGAUUUUAUCAGUAACUUAUUAUUGUAGCUUAUUGUUUAGAUACGAGUAUUUUUAAAUCAUAAUAUAUUGUUUUCUCAAAUACAGUUGCAUUUCUUAAAUCUUUGUGUAAAGAGAGAUAUGUUAUCAGUUUAAUGCUGUGAUUUGAUUCUGUUGAAUGCUCUAAAUAACAUCAUUCAAAAUGUGAUAUUGAAACGAAUGUUAAAUGAAUAUUUAUGACCUCAUUCUACAGGAGCAGGGACUUUAUGUGUCUGUGUUCAAAAAAAUUUUGAUGCAUUUUUCUCAGCAACUUCAAUUUGUGGAUGCUUGAAAUUUUAGUUUACUCUCUGUGUAUGCAUGCCAUAAGGUGGGAUUCAUUUUUGUAUGAAUCUAAUGCCAAUAUACCAUUUUUCCAUGUGUCUUGUCAUACCAAAUUCACAGGGAUGUAACUAGCUCAUAUUGUACAAUCCAGUGUUCUAUUUUUGUUUUAAUAAAUAACUAUUAAUAAGAUUAGAUUAUGUACUUGUAUCUCAAUCAUACUGUGUCAUUUUUCUGUAAAGUAUAAGAUGUGCAUUGAUUGAAAAUAGGUUUUUUCUAAACUAUAAUUAGGAGUAUGUAUUAUGUA